AUGACCGAAGGCAGUGGCGGUGACGGUAGCGGUGGGGGUGGCGGAGGACCCGAAUCGGGUCACGGGUCAAAACCCAAGGCCAUUUAUGAAUCAUUCGGCGGCCGACUACGGUUUACGGUGGAGCUGAAACCAGGCGAAACCACAAUUGUAUCGUGGAAAAAGCUUCUCAAAGAUGCCGCUGCCGGUAAGAUCAAAGGGAGUGGUCCAUUGCCCGGCCCGGCCUCGGAGGCCCAUGACACUGUUCCUGAUCCUGUACCUGCGCCUCCAUCGGGGGCUCCAACUUUAAAGCAAUCUGGCGAAAAUGGAACUAAUGAUUCACAAGCACAGCCCGGCUCCAAUCGUCUGAGUAACGUGAUUGAAAGAAUUGAGCGCAUGUAUGCGGGUGAUGGAAGUAGUGACGAGGAAGAUGUUGUUCUAGAUGAUGUGCCUGAUGACGAUGAAUAUGAUACAGAGGAUUCCUUUAUAGAUGAUACUGAGCUGGAUGACUAUUUCCAGGUUGAUAACUCAGCAAUAAAACAUGAUGGUUUUUUUGUUAAUCGUGGGAAGUUGGAGCGCAUUGAACCUACAUCAUUGCCAAACCAGCAGCUGAAGAAGAGAAGACGGAAAGACCUGGCGAAGGAUCCUGGUGACAAUGGAGAUGGACCUAAUCCUAGUGAACAUGUAAAGAUAGGGAAUAAGGGUAAAAAAGCAUCAUCAAUGAUGGAAAGGAACUCAACUAGUGAGUCACACAAAGUGCCGGUACCAAAUGUACGAAGUGAAGAUGUGCAAUUUGAGGCUCUGACAAAUGCUGCUGAAGUUUCAGUAAAGAAGAAAACUGCAGAUACUAAAACUGCAUCUGGUGCUUCAGAACUGUCAAAUGGUGAUGGUAUCAGGCAGGAAAAGGACAUUGAUCAGCAGAGGACUGGAGUUGUCUCAUCAAAGAACCAUGGUAACAAAUCAAAAGAGGGUUAUGAAUCUCUAGAUACAUCAACUCAGAUGUCAAAUGAUAAAAGUUUAUAUUCUAGCAAAACUCCAUCUGGAAUGCCAGUAAACAGCAGUGAUGAGGUAAGUCAAUUCAUUCAAAAGAAAGAAAAAGGUGGAGUUCUUGAAAAACCUGACCUUAAUGUUCAUUCAAGUGGGAGUUGCUUGCAAACAGUGAAGGCUCCAGUCCUGCAGAGGAAGGAAGGAUCUACUGUUAGACCGAAAAGCACAAUUCUAGACAAGGCCAUCAGGGAGUUAGAGAAGACAGUUGCUGAAUCAAGACCACCAUCUUCGGAAGUUCAGGAUGCUGAUAAUCCAUCUCAGGCAGUAAAGAGGAGAUUGACACCUGAAAUAAAACAGAAGCUGUCUAAAGUUGCUAGAUUAGCGCAGGCAAGCCAUGGAAAAAUAUCAAAGGAUGUGACUAACCGUUUAAUGAGCAUUGUUGGACACUUGAUGCAACUUAGGACAUUAAAGAGAAAUCUAAAAAUCAUGGCCACGAUGGGAUUGUCAGCUAAGCAAGAGAAAGAUGAUCGAUUGCAUCACAUAAAACAAGAAGUUGCAGAGAUGGUUAAGGUGCGGCUUCCACUGGUGAAACCUAAGUUACUUGAGCAACAAACUGCAUCGUCAGAUGAUUUUCAAGAAAUUGGUCCAGAAGCAAGAGAAUCCUUGAAAAGAAAAUAUCGCAUCGAUAGUGCAUUGGAAGAUAAAAUUUGUGACCUAUAUGACCUCUAUGUUGAAAGGUUCGAAGAAGAUCCGGGUCCACCAGUCAGGAGGUUGUAUGAAGAGCUUGCAGCAUUGUGGCCUAGUGGCAUGGAUACCCAUGGCAUUAAACGUGCUAUAUAUAGAGCAAAAGAUAGGAGGAAGGUGUUAAGCAGCCAACAGAAGGGUCAAGAGAAAAUGAAAAAGAAGAAGCUGGCACCAAAGGUGGACGAGCCUGUUCGAGGAGAAGCUAGUAACAUUGCUUUGCCAUUUCACAUGCAAGAAAUAUUGGUGCCAAAUUCUCGUGAUUACAGUUCAAGUUCGAUCAGCAAAUCAGUCCCCAGUGCAGCAGUAGCUAAUGCUCAAGUUCACAUGCCUGCUACCUUUGCAAAUGGUCCUAACUUGGACAAGCCGAAACAAGAAAAAGCGAAGGGACACUCCAGCAAUCCCGUUGAUGUGGGGGCAACCGACAUAUUAUCAAAAAAGAAACUUAAGAGGAAACAAGAAACAUCAUUCGUCGAAGGUUUCCACCCUGAGAAGUCUACUUCUGCACUGGUGGAGGAACGUCACAAACCCCAUAAACAAGUGGCCACAACUAUUCCCGUCAAGUCAAACCUACAGCCUGCAGCUCCUCCAAGCGUGCAGCCAAGCUGA